CUCCAGUGCAGCCGCCCACCCUGCCGCCAUGUCUCUGACCAAGACCGAGAGGACCAUCAUUGUGUCCAUGUGGGCCAAGAUCUCCACGCAGGCCGACACCAUCGGCACCGAGACUCUGGAGAGGCUCUUCCUCAGCCACCCGCAGACCAAGACCUACUUCCCGCACUUCGACCUGCACCCGGGGUCCGCGCAGUUGCGCGCGCACGGCUCCAAGGUGGUGGCCGCCGUGGGCGACGCGGUGAAGAGCAUCGACAACAUCGGCGGCGCCCUGUCCAAGCUGAGCGAGCUGCACGCCUACAUCCUGCGCGUGGACCCGGUCAACUUCAAGCUCCUGUCCCACUGCCUGCUGGUCAACCUGGCCGCGCGCUUCCCCGCCGACUUCACGGCCGAGGCCCACGCCGCCUGGGACAAGUUCCUAUCGGUCGUGUCCUCUGUCCUGACCGAGAAGUACCGCUGA